AUGUUCAAGAAAUCCAAUAUCCUCUGCUGUGGUGGACAUCCACUGCUGAAUCCCUCCGCAUUCUCAUCAUCUCUACCGCCUCAUGCUUCUUUCUCUUGGAGAUCCUAUGCAACUGCCCACGACUUCUCGGGUAAAGAUCUCUCAUGGCCUACAGGCUCAUCCUUUACGCCGUACGAUGUUUUCAAGCAAGAACGAGGCGCACCGUACUCGAAAAGCCGGUUCUACGACUUGGUCAAGAUCUACCACCCCGAUCGACCAUGUAACGGGCAUCCACUCUGCCGAGAUAUUUCACCAGAAGUGAGACUUCACCGUUAUCGGCUAGUAGUGACAGCGCAUGAGAUUCUCUCUGAUCCGACCAAGCGGGCAGCCUACGACUUGUCCGGCGCCGGAUGGAGCCACCAUUCUCCUCGCAGUCAUGGUCCAACUCCUUCAUGGGCACGCACCGGCUCGAGCGACUAUGGCCCUAUAUUCACCAAUGGAACCUGGGAAGACUGGGAGCGGUGGUAUAACCGACAUGGAGAGAAGCAGCGCCAGGUUGUCGACCACCGCACCUUUACGAGUUUGGUUAUACUUCUUACGUUGUUGGGGGGCGCUGUUCAAGCAUCAUGGAUCAGUCAGUACAGCACAGGAUACGAAGACAGACUCCGGGAGAUCAAUGAAGAAUCAACACGGUUUUUGGUCGGACGACGGGAGAAUACCGUGAAGCAGACGGGAUCAUCGGAUGCUAAAGUGCAGCACUUUCUCAUCCGGCGAGAUCCCACCGGGUUUGGAUUGAAGGAGGAAGAGCAGCCAGUAUAUCAGCAGGUUCUCAAUCCUCGCAAAUCAUCUGUGCCUGCAGGCACUGUCUAUAUCAUAGGGCUGUACAGACUGCCCAUGCGAUUUCAAGCCAUAUAA